AAUAAUUAUUGAUGCCAUUGUGUGAAUUUAUCUCAUAAUUGCGAAUUCCACUCGCUUUCUUGGUGGUUUCCUCUUGGUUACUUCAGUUGAAGAUAGAACUAUAAAAAGCUCCAUUAAACGUCAUUCUCCUGGCAUAUUUUUCCUCCUCUAUAUGUUGACAAGUGAUCUGUGGAGUGGGUUUUGAUCCUUCUGCUGUUUUGCCGAUGGAGAAGUUAAGUCUUCGAGUCAUAUCUGCUUUUAUCCUUGUUCCAUUGGUUUAUGGGCGAAUCAACAUGGCUGCGGGAAUCGGAGACGGAUUAGAACAGUGGGGAUAUGUUGAAGUCAGACCCAGGGCUCACAUGUUCUGGUGGCUUUAUAGAAGUCCACACCGAGUCAGAAAUUCCUCCAAACCGUGGCCGACAAUUCUGUGGCUGCAGGGUGGCCCUGGUGGCUCUGGAGUUGGGAUUGGGAAUUUCCAGGAGAUUGGGCCAUUGGAUACAAAUUUGAAACCUCGGAAUUCCACUUGGUUGCAGAAAGCAGAUCUCCUGUUUGUGGACAAUCCAGUUGGAACCGGAUUUAGCUUUGUGGAGGAUAAAAAGCUCUUGGUGAAAACUGAUGUAGAGGCAGCGGCUGACUUAACUACAUUGUUGAUGGAGCUUUUCAACAAAAAUCAAAGCCUCCAAAGAAGUCCUCUGUACAUAGUGGCAGAGUCAUACGGAGGGAAAUUUGCUGUUACUCUUGGAUUAUUCGUUUUAGCAGCCAUAGAAAAUGCUAAAUUGAACCUCAAACUCGGUGGAGUUGCUCUAGGGGACAGUUGGAUCUCACCAGAAGAUUUCGUGUUUUCAUGGGGUCCCCUUCUCAAAGAUGUCUCACGACUCGAUUACACGGCCGCCCAGCAAACAAAGAGCCUAGCUGAGAGGAUAAAGCAGCAACUUGAUGACGGUCAAUUCGUUGCUGCAACAGACUCAUGGAGUGCUCUCGAGAAUUUGAUUAUCAUGAACAGUAAUUCUGUGGAUUUCUACAAUUUUCUAUUGGAUUCCGGGAUGGAUCCUUUAUCCUUGACAGCAUCCGAACUGUCGAAAGAAAUUGCCAAGAAGAGUUACUCAAGAUAUCUCAACUCCCUGAUGUCUUCUCCAGGUGGUGGCGUUGAUCUGGAUACCUUCAUGAAUGGUGUCAUCAGAAAGAAGCUGAAGAUUAUCCCAAAGAAUGUGAGUUGGGGAGGACAAUCAGAUCUUGUGUUCAACGCAAUGGAAGGCGAUUUUAUGAGACCCAGGAUUGUUGAGGUGGAUGAUCUACUAGCUAAAGGGGUCAACGUGACCGUUUACAAUGGACAGCUUGAUCUCAUCUGUGCAACCAAGGGGACAGAAGCAUGGAUUGAGAAGCUCAAGUGGGAGGGCCUCAAUGGUUUUCUGAAUCAGAAAAGAACUCCUCUGUACUGCGAUGAUCAUGAAGGCACUACAGGAUUCACCAAGGCCUACAAGAACCUACAUUUCUAUUGGAUUCUUGACGCAGGUCACUUUGUACCUGUUGACCAACCCUGCACUGCGUUGAAGAUGGUGGGUGCCAUUGCACAAUCUCCAAAUGCGUCGCCGAAUGAGAAGAGAAAAAUGUGAUAUAUGGUAAAGAUCACAAUGACGAACUUAUAUAACAGCGAAAAUAAAUGCCAAGAAAGGGCUGGGCAACAAUACAUGCAAUGAAAGGGAAAAACAAUAAUAAGAAGAAGAAGGGUUUCGUUUGAUUAUUUUCGCCAAUUGCUAUUUCUUGAUCAGUGUUGCAUUGUUAAUUUUGUGGACAUGUUCAAUAAGUUUUUUUAUGGUGGUGCAAUGUAUUUUAAUGCAAGGAAAAUGUAAAAAUGAUUAUAAUGAAAACGUAAUGCCAUUGUGUUUUUUU